GAGAACUUGGCCAACCAAAUGGAGAAGAAGGUUCUCACGGACAAGCGCGUGAAUGACAUCAUGAAGCAGGCAGUUAGCCUCACCAUCAGCAAGCCCCCGUACAUUAACUAUGCUCCAGAUGAAGCCCACUGGCUGAACCUCUUUAUUGUGUGGACAGGGAAGGCUGGUCCAGUCGUAGCGCUGCACCGACAUCAGCUCACCCUCACUAUGGCCGUGAUUCGUCACAAGUUGCGCAAUCCGAACAUGGCACGUGUUCAGCUAGAAAGGUCUGGAGAUCCUGAUGCCCUCGGAAGGCAGGAGCGCGUCGUGCAGCGCCUGCUCAACCGGUUCCAGGCCACCAAGUACAACGGCAACAACUACUUCAUCGGCAAGCUGUACCUCAUGGAUUGGGUGGAUGUCCCAGAGAACAUCCUGGCCCUUGAUUUCGUGGGGGACCGUGGCGUAGAUGAUGUGGUUGAAGGCGACCUGAAUGGAGAGGGUGUGGAGGUUAUUUUCUAAAGGGGAUGAUGGGGCAGGUGGAGA